AUGAUUCAUCGCGUCUCCGGCGCGUGCGCGUCGCACCUGGAGUGGCGUGGGGCCGGGUGUUACAUUUUGUACUGCCGCAGUGAGGCGGACCUCGCGCUCGUGCGGGGGAUUCACAAACGGGUGUUGUUCGACGUCGGCGGAGUCUGGCUCGCGCGCACCGCGGAGGAGAUCGACGCGCUGUGCGAGUACGUCGCGUUGGAGGCGCCGGUGCUCUCGCGAAAGGCACACCUGCCACGCGAUUCAAUGGUGGUAGAGGAACAUCGGGUAGACGUCGCCGGCCCUGCCGGGGGACGGCAUCAUCCGAUGAUGGUCGCGGGGCAACAUCCACGCGUGGUUAUGCCCUAUCCAACCGGGCUCUUACCCCAAGGGCAGGACCUUUCCUCGGUGUAUACUUCGUACCCUUCGUAUUCGAGCCCUUAUCCGGCCCCGUAUCGUCCGUUUUUAUCACAAAUAGCAUUACCCAAUCCGACGGAGCUGCCGCCGCCGCCGCCGUAUAGCUCAUGA